GCGAAGCCGGCCCAUAACCCAUUCUCUCUCUACCUUCUCUUUUAUUUCAUUCUUUUUCAGUUUCUGUUCUCUGUACUUCGUUCUCUCUCUCUCUCUCUCUUAUGAGAGAUUUCAUUUUUAUGAUUCUCGUCUGCUACUGUUGCUGGAAGCAACAAUAACAGAGGCACAGAUUAGUUGAUUAAGAACGAACGAGAACCCUGAUUAGAACAGCCGGAAAUGCUGCUAAAGCUGCAGAUUCCGGCGAUAUUCCAGCGAGAUUGACUGGUUUCGUGGAUUAGAAAAAAAAAAUGCGUGAGACAGUGUUCUGUGAUGAGGAAGACAACAGCGGAAACGGUAACAAGAAGAAGAAAUCCGAGGAAGACGUUAAGGAAGCAGCAGAGGCAGAAGAGGAAGAAGAAGUUGUGGUAAUACCCACACCUUUUGUCGUCGGCCGGAGCCGAUCUCAGGCGGGAAAUACCCGUCGAGUAACCCCAACCACGACUGCAACCAUCGAUACCUGUGGCGCCACCGCUACCGCUACCGCUACAGCUACCGCAACUACCCCUACCCCUACCCUCGCGACCGUAGAGAAAAUCCUUCCCAACGGUGAUCUCUACACUGGAAGCUUCGUCGGAAACGUACCUCACGGUACAGGGAAGUAUCUCUGGACAGACGGUUGUAUGUACGAAGGUGAGUGGCGGAAAGGUAAAGCUUCUGGUAAAGGUAAGUUUUCUUGGCCCUCUGGAGCUACCUACGAAGGCGAAUUCAAAGCGGGAAGGAUGGAUGGUGUGGGUACUUUCAUCGGUGCUGAUGGUGACACUUACCGUGGAUCUUGGACGGCCGAUCGGAAACAUGGGGUUGGCCAGAAAAGCUACGCUAAUGGAGAUUACUAUGAGGGUACAUGGCGGCGUAAUUUGCAGGAUGGGCAAGGAAGGUAUGUGUGGAAGAAUGGGAACGAAUAUGUGGGUGAAUGGAAGAACGGUGUGAUCUGUGGUAGAGGUGUUUUGGUUUGGGCUAAUGGGAAUCGAUUUGAUGGGCAGUGGGAAAACGGUGUUCCUAAGGGGAAUGGUGUUUUUACAUGGCCUGAUGGGAGUUGCUAUGUAGGUUCUUGGUGUAAGGAUCUGAAGAAUCAACACCAGCCUAAUGGUACCUAUCUUCCGAGUAAGAACUCUAAGGAUCGGAGUGAUUUGCAGAGGAGUCCUUUGGCUGAGGAGAACUUUAUGUUGACCAUGAGGAAGAGGUCUUCGGUUGAUGGAGGUAGAGGAAGCUUGGCUGAGAGGAGUUUCCCUCGAAUUUGCAUUUGGGAAUCGGAUGGUGAAGCUGGGGAUAUCACUUGUGAUAUCAUCGAUAAUGUGGAAGCAUCGAUGCUUUAUCGGGAUGGAACGGAUUCGGAUCGGAGUGUUGCUUGGCAGAGGCGAAGUCCUUGUUGUUUUGCUGGAGAGGUUAAGAAACCUGGGCAGCCUAUAUCAAAGGGGCAUAAGAACUAUGAUUUGAUGCUUAAUCUUCAACUGGGUAUCAGGUAUUCCGUUGGCAAGCCUGCUUCCACUCUGCGGUCCCUUAAACCGUCUGAUUUCGACCCUAGGGAGAAGUUCUGGACGAGGUUUCCGUCGGAGGGAUCGAAAAUUACACCCCCUCAUCAAUCGGUAGAGUUUCGAUGGAAGGAUUACUGUCCCAUGGUGUUCAGACAUCUGAGGGAGUUGUUCAACAUUGACCCUGCGGAUUACAUGCUAGCUAUUUGCGGAAAUGACGCUCUGAGAGAACUUUCUUCUCCAGGAAAGAGUGGAAGCUUCUUUUACCUUACACAGGAUGAUCGGUUCAUGAUAAAGACCGUGAAGAAAUCCGAAGUCAAGGUGCUUCUUAGGAUGCUUCCAAGUUACUAUGAACAUGUUUGUCGGUAUGAGAACUCACUGGUCACGAAAUUCUUGGGUGUGCAUUGUGUCAAACCAGUGGGUGGCCAGAAGACCCGGUUCAUCGUGAUGGGCAAUUUAUUCUGCUCGGAGUAUCGUAUCCACAGGCGAUUUGACCUUAAAGGAUCUUCACAUGGCCGUACAACGGACAAACCUGAGGGAGAGAUUGAUGAGACCACCACCCUAAAGGACCUUGAUCUCAAUUUUGUGUUUCGUCUGCAACAGUCUUGGUUUGGGGAGCUAAUGAAACAAAUUGAUCGGGACUGUGAAUUCUUGGAAUCUGAGAGAAUCAUGGAUUAUAGCCUCUUGGUGGGUCUCCACUUCCGUGAUACCUGUGAUACCUACACAGGUGAUAAAUCAGGGUUGUCACCCCUUAUUGUGCCUUCAGGCAAGAGGGAGACAUGUCAAGACCAUGAAGUUAUGAGUGGGUGUCGCUUCUUUGAUGCGGAGGUCCAGGAUAUGGAUUAUGUUGUGGCUGGGCGGAAACCAUUGAUCCGGUUAGGCGCAAACAUGCCUGCAAGAGCAGAGCAGGUGGUAAGGAGGAGUGAUUUUGCUCAGUCCACCCCAACUGCAGGAGGAAAUUCAACACCAGUACGUGGUGGUGGUGAGAUCUAUGAAGUGGUUUUAUACUUCGGAAUCAUUGACAUCCUCCAAGAUUAUGAUAUAAGUAAAAAGCUAGAACAUGCAUACAAGUCCCUGCAAGCUGAUCCAACCUCCAUAUCAGCAGUUGACCCUAAGCUCUACUCAAAGAGAUUCCGGGACUUCAUUCGCAGAAUAUUUAUUGAGGAUAAGUGAUGAAGAAAGGAGAAGAAAAUUGAACCCAUACACUGCUCUGAUCGAAUCAUGAACCUCAUGCCACGGACAAUUCAUCGCCAGGAUCCCUAGCCUUUUCGAGCAAUGGCUGGCCUGGACUGUAAAGAUGCCCACGAGGGGCCUAUCGCGCGGCACUGACAGGGGACUGUUCAAUGGCUGAAUUUUGGUGAUCAGCCAUGUUGGUGAAAGUGGGGGUGGGGGGUGUAAACUGUAUAUGGUUAAAUAGGCGGGAGAAUUGGAUUCUUAUUUUUAUUUUUUUUCCCCUACUUCUGGGUAACCAUCAAAUGUGAAGAUUUGGAAGAUAGAUACAGGAAAUAGAAGAAUGCUUCCGAGAGAGAUUCAAAGUGAGGACUGGAAUAAGAAUUGUACAGAUAAAGGAGAGUUAGAUUAUGGAAAAAUUUUAUAGAUUGUUUUUUCCCCUCUCCCCUCGUGAA